GUCAUGACGUCACGUUCUAUUACAAGCUAGAACAACUCUAACAACAACAAUAUUCGACGUGUGUUUACAUAUCAAAAACAAAGAAAAACAAUAACUGUGAAUAAAAACACGUGUGCUUUUUUCGCGAAUAAAGAAAGUUAAAGGCGCGGGAAGAUUGACGGAAGUGGACGGAAGUGCGACGGAAACGAGUGAAUUUGCUUCGCAUCGGCGACAUCGGGCGACGUCGUCAACGGGUAUUGACUGGUGGACGUGGUGGACUCUUUUGUCACCGAGCGAUUUUCGCUGAUUUGCGAGGUUGUUUAGCCCCAGGAAGCGAUGCCGCCGACAAUGCCACCUGAUUCCCAUCAAAUCUCAUUGAAGAUCAUAGAGGCAAUUAAGCAGCACCCAGUGCUUUAUUGCACCGAGGUGAAGGGCUUGUCAGUUAAACUGCAAGAAUUCAAGCAGAAAGUUUGGAAGCGAAUCUCUGAUGAACUUGGAUUAGAUCCAAUGUGGGUGAGAUUGAAAUGGAAGAAUCUUAGAGAUACGUAUUGCCGUAUUUUAAAAUACAAGAAUAAAACAGAGGAGGGUGUUAGAAGGAAAAAAUGGAUCUUUGAGGAUCAUUUGAGUUUUUAAAAUUUCCGUAAAUAUGAAUCAGAUUAUCAACCGCAAUGUGUAGAACUGACUAAGGAAUAUAUACAAGAUAUUAACUCGGGUGAAAUAAGUAGUGAAGGUUUGCUAGAACAAUUGGAGGAUCGAAAUGAUGAGGACUACAGUGAAUACUUAGAAGUUAUAAACGAUACAGCAGCUGAUCCAGUUAUGGUAGAAUCUGAGACAGUAGAAACAUUGGAUAACAAUGUGCAAUUGAUCACUCAGGAUAUAGUGGUUGAACAAGACACGACACAGCAAGAUAUUGACACUUAUGUCCAACAGAUACAGUCAAAGUAUCGAAAAAUACGUCCAAAACGAAUGAAGGUUGAUCAACCUCCAUCUAUCUCGAAAGCAUCCAAUGUUUAUAAUAAAAACUCUUCCUUCAAGACUAAUAAUGCAAAUGCACUUGAUACGGGUACAAUAUUUAAUCCUAUUUUCAUAACCAAUCAGCCGUUAACACCAAGUACACUUGCUUCGCCUACAAAAGGAUCGAGCAACACGAAGGAUAAUGACGCCAAUUUCGAACAAGUUUACUUAGCACCGGAGAGUAAGAGUGGUAUAGAACUCUUUUUCGAAAGUAUGGCACAGACAGUGAAGAAGUUGCCGCCAAAGGCGCAGGCGGAUAUCAAGAUGAACAUUUGCAAGAUUGUUACAGAGACGGAAGUGCGGUAUUCUAGCCAGAGCAAGCCACAAAGUACGCAACAAUUUAUAGCGCCACCCGGCAUGAUACCUAAGCUGGUGUUGGUACCUUGUAAUAUGAUAGAUAAUCAAAAUAGCUCUGAGAUCAAAGAUAAUGAUGAAGAUAGGAAAAAAUACAGAGAAUUUGUAGACACCACCAGUCGAGGAGAAAAAGUAUUGAAAAGUUUCCAACGAGAUUGGAAGACAUUGAAAAAAUGUCUGUCAUCUGACCGAGAGUAUUCGGAUUUUGAAAAUCUUUGGAAGGGACACGAAAUAAUUCCUGAACAAGUUGAUGUACUCAUUAUUGGUGGCGGUGCAAUAGGCAGCUCAAUAGCAUACUGGUUAAAAGAGACAAUUCAUAAAGAAGAGUUUCGUGUUGCUGUAAUUGAAAAAGAUCCCACAUAUGCCAGAGCUUCCACGACUCUUUCAGUUGGUGGCUUGCGUCAACAAUUUUCUCUUGAAGAAAAUAUUCAAAUGUCUCUUUAUGGUGCAGAGUUUCUACGAAAUGUUAAUGAACAUUUGAGUGUUCCUGGAGAACCAUUCAUUGACUUAAAUUUUCACCCUUAUGGUUACUUAGUUUUGGCGACUGAAGCGGGUGCCGAAACUUUAGUAGAAAAUUCUAAGCUGCAGAAUUCUUUAGGAGCAAAAAAUGCUGUUUAUACUGCAGAGAAGUUAAAACGCAUGUUUCCCUGGUUAAAUACUGACGGGAUUGCGGCGGGUUGUCUUGGACUGGAAAAGGAAGGAUGGUUUGAUCCAUGGUCCUUAUUAUGUGCCUUGAAAAAGAAAGCUAGUCAUUUAGGUGCUCAAUAUGUCAAUGCUGAAGUUAAAGCUUUUCAGUUUAAUACGAUUUAUGAUGACAACGGAAAUUCCUUUCAACGAUUAAAUGAUGCAAUUAUAAAAACCAAUGAUGGUGAGAUUAGAAAAAUACGUUUUUGUAUGGCUGUAAUAGCUGCCGGUGCGUUUAGUGGCGAUGUAGCUGAAUUAGCUGAUAUCGGAAAAGGUGAAGAAUUACUAUCUAUACCUUUACCAGUAGUUCCCAGGAAAAGAUAUGUAUAUUGUUUUCAUUGUCCAGACGGACCUGGUUUAAAUACACCUUUGACAAUUGAUCCUAGUGGCGCAUAUUUCAGGCGAGAUGGUCUCGGAGGUAAUUAUAUCGGUGGAAAAUCACCAGAACUCGACGAAGAGCCAUCGGUAGAUAAUUUAGAUGUCGAUCAUGAAUUUUUCGAUAAUAAAAUAUGGCCUUUACUCGCUCACAGAGUACCAUCAUUUGAGAAUUUGAAGGUAAAAUCUUCAUGGGCUGGAUAUUACGAGUACAAUACCUUUGAUGAAAAUGGUAUCAUCGGUUCACAUCCUUAUUAUCAAAAUUUAUACUUAGCAACUGGUUUCAGUGGACAUGGUAUCCAGAAGGCACCUGCAGUAGGACGCGCGGUAUCAGAAUUGAUCUUUCAUAAUUGUUUUACAACUAUAGACUUGUCAAAAUUAAGUUUUAACAGAUUUUUAACAUCAGAGCCAAUGAGAGAAGCUAAUGUCUUUUAAGUUUACAGGAAGAAAGUAAUAAUAGUCUCGUUUUCUUUUGUACUUAAAUGUGUAUCAUAUAUAUUUGUAUAUAUAUAUAUAUAUAUAUAUAUAAAAAUUGUAUAUAUAUACAGUGACACUAUGAAACCUAAUAAUAGAUCUGUCUUAUAAAUAAAAAGAUAAGUAAUCUGCCUAAAGAUUAUGCAAAUUUUUAUUUACAAUUGCAAUAAUACAGUGUUUUAUUAAUUAUGGUAACAUAACGUGCGCGUGCAAUAAUUCAAUAAUGUUCAUUUAUUUGAAAAGCGCGUGACUCGUAUUUUCAUGCAAGGAUAAAACUUGUCCCAUAUAUACAACAGCAUCUUCUUCGUCUAUAGUAUGUAAUAUAUUUUGCAGUUCGCUAAGAGAUAUACUGGUUUGUAUCUGCAAAGAAAUAGAUAUAUAGAAUUAUAUACAUAGUUUAAUCAUUUAUUUCGUAUUUAAGAAUGCAUGUAAAAGAACACGGAAUAAUAUGGAUAUAUCAUGGAACACUUGACAGAGAAAAUAAGAAUCUUACAGCAAUGUAAUUCAAAAGAAGUAAUGUUGAACUAGACGAACUCUGUUCAAAGGUAUUCAAUAAAUUUUCUAAAUUUAAA